CUUUUUUAAUUUUCAUUGUUUUCUUAAACAAGGCAAUUCACCAUUCCAUGCAAUGCCACUAUUAAACCGAAAGAAAAUACCACUAUCAAAUAAUAUAUCGUAUGAUCCUAAGCGUAAGCGCAAAGAAGUUUGGUAUCUUCGGUUUACCAACGAAGUGUUCACAAGCUACGAGGCCUAUAUUACUCGGUUAACACUUUACCAACAAUCCAUAUGGGAAUGUGAAGUCACUGGCAAAAAGGAUUUGACAUAUGAGCAGGCACUGGAAAGCGAAAAAUUGGAAAGGGAUCGAGCAGAAUUUAAAUUUUGUCAGCCGAUCAGAAGAGAGAUAUUAAACAAAGUACAAUUCCGUAAGCUUGCGCAAGAGUUGUGGCCCAUUACAAUAAUACAGAACACAAUUGAGAAACCAACCGUAACUCAUUAAUAGAAACAGUUAAAUUGGAGAACGUGGUCGACCAAGUCUAUUCUCAUCUAGAAAACAAUUACAUAGCCGAUGAAAUCAUUCAAUGCAAACUGAACGGAUACGACUACUUUGCCAAGAUUAUCGAAAAAUUGCCCAAACCAGUCAACACAUCAGUUACUACAGAGCAUGAUGUCCCUAGGCAGCCAAAUGGUAGAUUAAGAUUUCCUGACGCUUUUCUUUUACCUACUCCG